UCUCCUCAGAGUGGGGAGGCGAGGUCACAAGUUCCCAAACACAGCCGCACAGCAAUCACACACUCCCGCCACAGGGAGGGCGGAGAAAGACGCGCAGGAGACCAGGGGAACGCACUCGAGCCAGGUCAGAGUUACUGAAAACUGCUACCGCUGCUGAGCUCUGACAGGUGGGAUGACCAACUAUCCUUCACACUCCAAUGGUAUGCAGAGUCUCCGGAAAGAGCACCUGUAUAAGGUGCUGGUCAUCGGAGACCUGGGGGUCGGGAAGACUUCCAUCAUCAGGCGCUACGUCCACCACACCUACUCCACUAAUUACCGGGCUACGAUCGGAGUUGACUUCGCCCUGAAAGUGUUAAACUGGGAUUCAGAGACGGUGCGGCUCCAGCUGUGGGACAUUGCAGGUCAGGAGCGUUUUGGGAACAUGACACGAGUGUACUACCGUGAAGCCAUGGGGGCCUUCAUAGUGUUCGACGUGACACGGCCAACAACCUUUGAGGCUGUCGUUAAGUGGAAAGAAGAUCUGGAUUCUAAAUUAAUGCUGGCUAAUGGAAAGAGCAUCACCACCGUGCUGCUGGCCAACAAGUGUGACCAGGGCAGGGAGCUGACCAACAAUGGCAUUAAAAUGGACCAGUUUUGCAAGGACCACGGCUUUGUCGGUUGGUUUGAGACUUCUGCCAAGGACAAUCUCAACAUCAGUGAAGCUGCAAACUUCCUAGUCAAGCAUAUCAUGGCCACAGAAAACGACAUCCUGAAAACUGUGGUACCCGACACCAUCUCUCCGCAGCUCAACUCCAACAGGCAGAUGAGCUGCUCUGGCUGCUUGAAAUAAUGAAAGGACAGAUCAGUGUGAGAACUGAAAAAGAAUGGAUGCACAGCAGGACUAAGAGGCAAAGCCAUCUGAAUCUUACAAGGAAAGGGGAGCAGUGGUGGUGUGUACUAUGAAACGAUUGGAACAGUUUAGGCUCUUUGGUCCAAACUAGAGUUGAACAUUUUAGUUUGUUGCGCUUUUGAGGAGCAAACCAAAGCUUGCAGAUUGAAGUCACUUGAAGUUGCUCAUUUAUUUAACACUUUUUGUUGUAACGUGCCAUGCUGCGAGUGUGAAGUUUCUGCCGGAAUAAUGAAAUAACACUGCUGUCUGUGUUUUUCGUCACGAUGUGGUGUGUUGAGCCAGAGAGCAUAGACACAAAUCUCUGGUCAUCUCUGCCUAUUUUUUAUUUUUUUUUAACCUAAUUAAAUUUUUACUCUUACAACAACAGCUCGCUUUGAAAAACACUGGCAACAUCUUCACCUCAUGAAUGGUAUGAAAGUUCUCCCGAUACGCUUGAUGCAACACACCCAAAGGACUCAAUGUAAAUACACAUCUUUAAUUUUAUUCUGCACUAGCCAAAGAAAACAGUACUGACCUCUUUCAGAGGAUCCCAUUUAUUUAUUUAUUUUUUUGCUAUUUUCUAAUGAUGUGAAAUUUUCACUUUUUAAAAAAUAAAUUAAAAAAAUCAAAUAGGUUGUUUAUAUAAUUAACUUUGAGUAUUUAACAUUGGGUAAUGUAUCAAGAUAAACUGCUUCAAAUCUGUCACACAACUAACGAACUUUAAUUUGUUGGUUAUAUCUGUAGUAACAGUUUGGUUGUGGCAAGAAGCUGCAAAGAAGUGGAGUGAAAUAUUUUAGACACACAAACAUCCUGGAGCCUGCUUGGUGUAAACAGACUUUUAUGGCCAUGGAACAGACGUGCUGGAGCAAUUCAAGUUUAUGUGGUCAAAGAUUUCCCAGACAUAUGUCUUUGUCAAUAGUAGGGGAGUGGUUGUCAUACUGCUAAACACUGGGUUUUAGGCUUAUAACAUCUAAAUGGUAAAUGGACUGCUUUGUUAUUGAUCUCUCACAGUGCCUUACACUACAAGCUACACUCACAGAGCAUCUUACUCGCAAGGACAGUUCAGUUCAUUUCAGCUUGGAGCCGUGGACCAAACCAUCAGUUUCCGAUUACCAAAACUUCACAGUGUUAGUUUGGCCCACGUUACCUCCUGAGUCACACUUUUAUCAGAAGUGAUUAUUAAGUGUCUGUGUAUGUAAUUUUUCUUCAUCAGAACCUAACCCCUUGUAUCCAUGGUAACUGGAGUCUUUUUGGAGUAUCCUCCAACAUCUUUGUGAAGCUAUUUCUCUCUCUUUGCAGGCACACAUCAACGCUCAUACCCAUAUAGGCAGGUUUCUGUAAUCUCUGCAUCCUUGUUCCUGUUCUCCUCUUCUUUUUAUUGUUUCACUGUGUUUUUUACUCGCUUAGCUAUU